UUUCAUUCGACAGUGUAUCCAUCAUCCCAAGGAAAUUAAAUGAAAUGUAUCAGUUCAAUUACAGCCAGUCAAUGAUUAGAGCUAGGGUGAGGUAAUUAUUUUUAUACGUAUGUCUGAUUCAUGGUUGAACUGUUGAAGUUUGAAUUCAUUGGAGAGAAGUUGCGGAUUGAUGCGUCUUAACGUGGCCGAACGAUAUAUCGAAGGAAGAAACGUUAAACAAAACACUGUUGCAUCGAAUGUAGUUUGAAAUCAGUGUUAGUGUAGCCGACACCCGGGCAUUCCGUCUUCCCUGUCCGCUUCGCUGUAAAUCCUUAAUUGUAUGUGUAUAAAAAUGGUUAUCGUCAGGUCCACGUGAAAUACUGUGUAAAAAAUCGUUAGCUGAGUUAAUACACAAGUUUUGGGUGGUUGGUGUGACUAAAGUGCAUGUGAUGAGAGUUUUCGAAUCGUGAAAGAGUUGCGCAAUAGAACGAUCUCGAAUCUUUUUCGGGGGUAAUAAGACAUCUUUCCGACAAUGUUUGUCUACGAAAUAUCGGAUUCUAUUGUAUUGAAGGGUUUAUGACGUUUUGAAGGCACCUAAGGAUACAUCUUGUGUACGCGUUUGCUGCGUGACGACCGAAUUCGGAAAAAAUUAUUAGAAUGAUCGACCGAUAACGUGGUAAUCUUUAUUUUACGACUCGAUUCCGAGUUAAUUUUCGUCAUUUUUCAGAGAUUUGCUACUGAGGGUAAUUGUGAGGUUGAUGAUAGGCGGUUUUUAUGCAAAUGAGCAUUAACUGCAUGUGAGUAAUGAUAAAAAUAAUCUAGGUAUCGACCUAUCUAUUGACUGAACCUUGCAACGAUUCACUUUCGGCGGGAUUCUGCCGCGUCAUAUCGACAGUGCUUUGUUUCUGUUCGCCUGUAUAAAAGAGACAAAAGAACAAGUCCAGGCUUAGUUUUUGCUAGUGUGCGUGAAGUGAAAUGAUAAUGUGAAUUUAUGGAUUACGCAUGGAUUACGGAAUAUCAUGGAGUUGAGGAUGCAGGAUCAUCGACGAGUUACGACUCCGAACACCGGCCUUGUGAACUUAAAGUAUUUGAACUUGUCCGACAACUCGAUAAGUGAAAUUGGUUCGUUUGCAUUCGCGAAUAUCGACGAUCUCGCGGUCCUCGAUUUGUCCAGGAAUCAUCUGUAUUACGUUCUCUGGGAUACGUUCGUCGACAGCCGAAGUUUGCGGAUUCUUCAUCUCAAUGGAAAUCGAUUUGGCACCCGGAUCCCAGACUUACACUCAAAUUCCAUUUCGGAAUUGGGACUCAGCGAUUGCCAGAUAAGCCAUGUAAACCGGCAGGCUUUCGCGGGGCUGAAAAAUCUCCGGAAGCUUGAUCUUUCGAACAACUUUAUGAUGCAAAUUGACUAUCGGGAAAUUGAAAUUCUACCCACGCUGCAGGUCAUCAAUUUGGACAACAAUCCUUGGUCCUGCGGGGACAUGAAGAGGCUGUUAUCGCACCUCGAAGAUCGGAGCAUCGUCUUCGAUUCGCCGUGCAACAGAUCGAGGAAAACGGGGGGCGAGAAACCGGCAGGUCGAACGAUGAAGAAGUUUGAAAAGAUGAUCGACGCGACGCGGCCACAGGAUCAAAAUCAGGACCGGGAUCGGGAAUACGGAGUCAUGCUGAGUCCAACGAUCACGUGGAUAACGGAUCCGCCGCCUCCGGUGAUCGGCGCUGGAAACAAAUCGAAGAGCGAAACGAUCAUCGACCGCGACGGGUUACUUCACGCCUUAGCCGACGUUUCCCCCCUAUGGAUAUUCGCCGUAGGCUUCUCCGUCGGCUUCGUGACCAGCAUGCUCUUCACGUACAUCUGGGUGACCGGCAUGAUCUCAGGAUGCUGGAGAUGCCCGAAAAUACCGAGGCGCAACCUUGGCGCUACCCGCGACAACGCUUCCCAGAGGAUAUCGCUUCUCGGAGGUCAUCCUGCCUGCCCUGGUACUCCUCCCCCACCCUACAGGGACGUCAUCCUGAAUUCGAGCUCCUAUCCCACCGCACCCUCUGUCGUGUCGAUUUGAACGAAGUUCCGCAAGAACCGAUAGUUGCGUAAGCACCUAUCGCGGUGUAGGAAAUGGAAAUCGUACGGAAUCGGUUGAGAACGGCCAGUAAAGAAAAUCAAUUAACGUGGUACAUGUAUUUAUAAUUUCGACGAUACCUACUCUUCAUCUUUGCACUCUCUCUCUCUCUCUCUCUCU